UUCCCAGGAUGGCAGUAGGGGAGGGGCUGCUGCGUAAUUCUGCGGAAGGGUUUCUCUUUGAGUCUAACUCCUCCCGCGUUCCGUAGUUCUCUUUCUGGCGUAGGUGAUUUCUCUCUACCUUCAGAAUCGAAUCCUCUGGAUAGUAAAAAAGCACAAAAGAUUAGAAGAAAAAAAAAACUGAUUGAUUCUGAGAAGUGCUUCAGCUCUCCAGCUUUACAGAUAACUAGACAUUUGUCUCUUUGGAUUCUAAAAUAAUGUCAUCAUGGCAAGAUUUCGAAGAAGAACAUGCAUCAUUUUGUCACUUUUUAUUUUGCUUAUUUGCUCCUUGAUGAUGGCUUUGAAAACUCUGAGACCUGAUAGAGCUGUUUUUGGGGAUCCAUUUGGACUUGACCUUCUCCCAGAACUUCGCCAACAUACAGUCCACUUGGAAACUAAGCCUGGCAUGUCAAAUGGUGCCAGGGAUGAUAGUAUAACAAACAUCAAGAAUAUAAAGAGCAUUGCUGUCAAUAGCCUAAAAGUUCCUGUCAUGGCUGAGAUGAAUAUGGAAGAGCUGCCAGCACCUAAUUAUAAUUUACAUGCAUUUUACUAUAGUUGGUAUGGGAAUCCACAAUUCGAUGGCAAAUAUUUACAUUGGAACCACCCCAUCUUACCACACUGGGAUCCCCAAAUUGCUAAAAAUUAUCCAGAGGGCAACCACAUUCCUCCAGAUGACAUUGGGUCCAACUUUUACCCUGAAUUGGGAACUUACAGCUCCAGAGACCCUUACAUCAUAGAAACUCAUAUGAAGCAAAUGCGCUCAGCUUCAAUUGGAGUGAUAGCCCUGUCCUGGUAUCCACGUGGUUUAGCUGAUAAAGAAGGGGAAUCUACUGAUGAGUUAGUGCCUUCAAUUUUGGAUAAUGCUCAUAAAUAUAAUCUAAAGGUCACUUUCCACAUUGAACCAUAUAAGAAUCGAGAUGAUCACAGUAUGCACAAAAUUAUCAAGUACAUUAUAGAUAAAUAUGGAAGCCAUCCAGCUUUUUACAGGUAUAAGACUAAAACUGGCAGAGUCUUGCCCAUGUUUUAUGUGUAUGACUCCUAUUUCACAAAGCCGGAAACCUGGGCCAAUCUGUUAACUGCCUCAGGUCCCCUGAGUGUUCGUAAUACUCCCUAUGAUGGAUUGUUUAUUGCUCUUCUUGUAGAAGAAAGACACAAACAGGAAAUCCAGAGAAGUGGUUUUGAUGGCAUUUAUACAUACUUUGCCACAAAUGGCUUUUCUUAUGGCUCAUCACAUCACAACUGGGCAGUCCUAAAAGCCUUUUGUGACAGCAACAGCUUACUGUUUAUCCCAAGUGUGGGACCAGGAUACAUAGACAUCAACAUACGACCAUGGAACAACCACAACACUCGGAACCGAAUCAAUGGGAAGUACUUUGAAACUGCUUUCAGUGCGGCGCUUCAAGUGCAACCUGAUGCUAUUUCUAUCACUUCUUUUAAUGAGUGGCAUGAAGGAACUCAGAUUGAAAAAGCAGUUCCCAAGAGAACUGAACUUACAGUUUACCUUGAUUACCAGCCUCACAAACCAGGUAUUUAUCUGGAACUUACUCGUAAAUGGUCUGAAAAAUAUAAUAAGGAAAAAGAGCAGUGGCUUGCAUGAGAUUAAUCCACUGACCAUUUUAACAUAUUUAGUCCAAAAUUUAGUCAUAAUCACAGCAGGCCAAUAUGUAUAAUUGUAUUUUGUCAGAUGUACAGAAGAAAGAAAUCUUUAGGUUCAAUAUGCAUUAUUCUUGUAUUUUUAUUGGACUAUAGACUCUGUAAAAUGUUAAAAUAGAAUUAUUAUCAUUGCUAACAUCUUGUAGGUUAUAUUUUGAAAAAAUUUAAAAAAGAAGCUGUGCAAAUUUUUAUAUUCUAUAAAUCAGAUUUAACUAGCCUCUUCAAGAUAAUUUGUGAAACACCAAAUGUACAAUAUAUUAGGAUAGUGUGUAUAAUUUAAGGCUGAAAUUGAAAUUCAGCAUUUAUGACAGUUUAAAUUUUAUCUGGUAACCCAUUAUGAAGAAAGUAAUUAGCAUCCAAUUAGAUAUUACUUGCUUCCUGGACUCAGAAACCAGUUUUGAUUGUUUGUCUGUGUUAGAAAUCAUUGUGGUAGAAAAGCAAGGUACUAUUGAAGAAUUGCUAACGUAUGUGUCUCCAUCUUCAUUUUUGAAAGCCAUUUCUCUCUUUCAGGUAACUUCAUGCCUUUUUAAGAAUUGAAGUUAUUGGCUACUAGAACCAAAAGCAGGAGAAAAUCUCCAUAAAAUCUAACACACAUAUAAUCUAUGCCUUAAAAUAGCAUUACUAAAGCAUUGUUAAAGAUAAAGGGCCCUUUUUGCGUAGCUCAGUAUUUGUUGUCAUUUGCUAUUUUUUAGGUAUCUGCUAUACUGUAUGCUAUGCAAGUCACAAAUGCCUUGUCUAUAUAAGAAGAGGUUUUGUUUGGGGUCUUUAAUAUCCUUAAUUUUAGUGAUGAUUAGUAAAAUACCAUCUAUAAGUUAACCUCUAAAUAUAUAUAUAUAUAUAUAUGUAUAUAUAUAUAUACACACACACAUACACACACUUAAGUGUGUGCAUGUAUAUAUGUGAAUAUAUGAGAGGUUUUUAAAGCUUUUAAGUGCAAAAAAAUCCUAUUUUCCUAGAAUGGAAUAUCUAUCAUAUUUUAUUAUCUCUGUUCCUUAAGUUUGUCAUUGAUCAAGGUUUGUCAUUGAUCAGAUAUUAACUAUGAAGUAUGAAAAAGAAGUUAUCAUCGGAUUGAAUUCAGUGAUGAGAUUUUAAAUUAGUCUGAAUAUAAGAUUUCUUUUUUUCAGAUAUUUAAUUCAUAUAAAACUCAACUAUAGCCUAAAGUCAAAUAUGUCUAUAUAUACAUUUUUUCAGAACUCAUUAAGGCAUAAUCUAUUUUAUAACCUAUAUUCAGACUGAUAUGAUACUGCACAAAAAUAUUUAAAUGUUCUUGGGGAAAACUGAGUGGAAAUUAUAGGUUAAUUUUAUUUUGACAAUUUUACUUUUGCUGAAGAUUUUUUUUUAAUGGUAAGAACAAGAAUAGUGUUAAUUCUUUCAAUAUUUAGAAGUAUAUCUAUAAUUUAAUACUUUGCAAUUUCACAGCACCUUUAAUCUGAGAAUUAAAACUUAGAGUAAAUAUGAAGAUCAGUAAUAUUAACAGUAAAUGUUUGCUAUUUAAGAGUAACCUAUCAUCAGAAAUGAAACAUUCAAAGUAUUGAAAUUCAUCUGUUAACUUACCACUAAAACCAGGAUGUUAAAAUGCAACCUUAACUAGUACUGUAGUGACAUUCUUGUAACCCCAGUUGGCAAAACAUACUGAAUCUGCUGUUAGAGCAAUACAGUUAAAUAUAGAAUCUCAUGUAGUAAAGAAAAGAUGAGAAUUAAAACAAUAAACAACAGAUCAUUCAAAGUAUCAAUAUUUGGUCUUUGAAAAGGAGUAAGAAAUACAUAUUCAGACACAAAGAUACAUUAUGACUCAUUAUAACUUGGCCUUGAUUAUUAUGAGUAUGUAGAGAAAGCAGUGAUGAUAAGAUGAUUAUUACAGAUAAAUUGAGAAUCAACUACAGCAUUUUCUAGCUUAAUCACUUACAUGCUUCUUAGCUAUAUAAGGAUGUAUCUAGUGCCUUCAAAAUACCAGAAAAAUAAAUACUAUUGUAUGAAUCACAUUGACCUGGUAAUUGUAGCAAUAAUGUUGAUGAUAGCUGAUAUUAAUUCUAAUUUUUUUAUAGUUUGCAAGGAUCUUUAUAUAUCUUACUCAUUUUUUCUCACGAUAGCCCUGUGAAGUAGUAUUAUCACCAUUUUAUAGAUUAGAAACAUAUGAAAAGAAAUUAAGUGGCUUCAUUUUACAUUUUCUUUCUCCACAUAUAACACUAUUGCUGCUGUACUACUGUGUCUCUCAAUUAACCAGAACCUUCAAUUAAAUGAAUUCCAUCUUUAAGAGAAAGAAAUUAUUUCUUCCCACCCCCAAAUUACCCUGACUUCAAAUUAUGUAUUAGUUUUUUUUUUUUUAAUUACUCUUAGGGGGAAGCUAGGUAACACUGGAUAAAGCUCCAGGCCUGGAAUUUGUGGAACCUGAGUUCAAAUUUUACCUCUCACAUUUCCUAGCUUUGUGACCUUGGGCAAGUCUCUUAACUCCAGUUGCCUAGCCCUUGCCACUUUUCUGCCUUAGAUUUGAUACUAAGGCAGAAGGGUUUUAGGGUGACCUUUUUAAAUGAAACUUAUAUUCCCUUCUACAACCACAAGACCAUGCAUGUUCUUAUGUAUAUAUAUUGAGAGUGAAUCAGUCAAUCCUUAAUUUUUGCAGGAAUCCUAGAAAAUGAUGCAAAAGUCAAAAAAAUGAAAUUUGAUACAAUGAAAUUAUAGGAAAAUGAUUAGAUUCCUAUGACCACCAAAAACUGUAAUCUUUCACUAGAGAUGGCUGAAAAUUCACUUUUCUGCAUACAAUUCUUUAUAACAAAACAUUAAUAACAAUUUUCUUAAAAUAGUAACCAUAAAGUAACCCAUAAAAUAGAGCCCCAAAAAUUAAAUUGGUAACAUGCAAAACAUUUUUUCUAACUAGUAAUUUCCUAGAAUUCUAUAAUUUUUUGUGCAAACAUCUCAUUUUUAAACAUUUUUUAAAAGAGAACAUUUCAGGAAAUAAUCACUUUUGAAUACAUGAGAUCCACAGUACUAACAGCUUUAUUUUUCCACUAAGCUAACCCACUGACUUUGCACAGGAGCUCAAAGGACUUGAAAUAUACUAUGAGGAUAUAGUUGCAACCCAAAUCCAGUGUUUAAGGCAAACAUGCAACAGAUGCAACAAAGUUGCCCUUUACAAAGAUAGGGUGAAUAACACCAAUGAAAUGCCUAAUAGGAUACCAGUCACUACAUAAAUCUAAGUACUUCAUACCUUUCAUUUUUUUUUAACUACACAUAGCUGUCAGUGUGUGAAAGUUAAAAUGAAGUUACUGGUAAAAUCACCUGAAUGAUUAAAGUUUCACAUUUUAAACACAGGAAUGAUCUUGUUGAAGAUUAACUGUCCAACCUUGAGACAGGGCAAAUUUUUGCUCACUAAAGCAGAGUUAAGCAAUGAAUUUUUUUUUAAGUUUUUAAUAAUCAGGGUUGAAACAAAAAGGGGUUUCAAAAGCAGCCAAUUAAUUAGAACAUACCAUUCCAUACAGCAUUCCCAAUAAGAGAUUUUGUCAUAAACUAUUAUCCUUCUGGAAUAAUUAUAUAUCAAUUAAAUCCAUGUAUUUAAGCUAUUUAUAAAAGCUAUUUCAGUGACAUUUUUAAAAUUCAGUGCAGCCUCAAAAGCUGAAAAUUGUAUAAAGUGAAGAUAGUCAGUGGCAAAGGAGUGUAGUCUAACACUUCUUCUGACUAUAAUAUUAGGCAAGUCUUGCUUCAUUCUCUGACCUCUUUUUGCUUAUCUACAAAAAAGAGGGACUUUAACUAUAUGAUCUAGUUUCAGUUUUAAAAUUCUGUUUUUUGAACCCCACCCACUGUUUAUGUGUCAUUGCUAGAAAAAUAUUUGCUAUUGACCCUGUGUAUAACACCAAUAUAUAUUCCAUAUUUGGAAGAAGCCUUAACUUUUUCCCUUCCUACUCUGUAAUCUGUUGUGCCAUUUCACUAAGUUUUCUGAAUUAUUACAGUAGUUAAAACAGGGAAUUUUCAUACUUUUUGAAAUUAUGGAACAUUUAUUUUUACUCCAAUAUUUCCAUGCAUAUAUAAUUUCAUUGUUGUGGUGGUAUGCUAUUCCCAUACAAAUCACAGUCCCAUUUUAAGCCUUAGAAGUUAAGUGGUCUUAAAGAGAUGUUGUAAUUGAAAAUUCCAUUACCCUUUGGCCAAUCAAGUGAUAAUUUUCCAUACCAGAAGCCCUCUCAGUUUGGAAAGACUUGCCACACUUUUUACUGCACAGAAAUGGCCUUUACACCAUGACAAGGCAUGGGAAUAAAUAGGCCUUUCGUGGAAGAUAGAGCCUUUAAAUUAAUAUAAAAAGAAUUUAUGAAACUUUGAUAAAGAGGGAAAGUUUUAAUGGUAAAAUAGUGUAAAUAGGUUGUAGUAAGUAACACUAAACAAUCCAUAAAAGGGUGUUUCUAAAAUAAUAAAUAUAUUGUAUACUGAUAAAGUAUUUUUCACAUUUCACACACACACACACACACACAUACACACAUACAAAUAGCAUCUCUUUUGCACAAUGUAGUCCCAUUUUAACUUGUGUAAAACAGAGUACAGCAGUAUUUUUCAAAUUCCUUAGUCACAGUUCUUUUGUUUAACAGGCAUAAAUCUUAAGUACCAAAAUAUAGUAAUAGAAAAAAAAAAUAGAGGUUGGAAGGGACAGCUAUAUUGCUUAGUAGAUAGCCAGUCCUAAAGCACCUGGGUUCAAAUGUGACCUCAUAUGCUUUCUAGUUGUGUAACACUAGUCAAAUCACUUAACCCCUGUUGCCUAGUCCUUACAGCUCUUAAUGCUCUUCUGCCUUGGAACCAAUACUUAAUAUCAAUUCUAAAACAGAAGGUGAGAGUUAAAAAAGAAAGAAAGAAAAGAGGUUGGAGAGUAAUUUAUCUAGAGCUAACCAGAAUUUUAGGUUUCUCUCUAAAAAGAAUUUAAAUUUACUUAGAGACUUCUCAGAAAAUAACAUCCCUUCAGGGGAAAUAUUCUCUUUAAUUAAGUAACAAAAGCCAAAAUUUAUUUUUAAACAGUACUUUAAAAUAAAAUUAUAUUGUAAAGUUGUAUAACCUUGAAAGUGUGCCAAAUUAUUUAAAUUUAAUUUAAACUUGCUUGUAGAGAAUUUGCCAUUUCCCCAAAGAUAAUCAGACCCCCACCAAAUCUUUACUGUUCUUAGUCCCACUAGGUAAAGUGGAAAUGUUACCCUUGGAAAAGGUUAGUAGACUCUCUAGUUGGUUUAGCUACUUCUCCCUGGCCUAAGGGCAAAAUGGCUACCCCCAGGCCUAGAGUUCACUGACACACCUGAUCUGACUUCUUAGUAAACAAAGGUAGAUUUAUUAAAGUUGGGAAGUUAUUAGGAGUUCUUAUUAUUUAUUAGGAGUUUGGGAAGGAUAGUGGGCUAGGAAGGUCCCUAAUCUUUUACCAAUGUAUCUAUCCCAGUUUCCUCUGAUCCUCAUGGAUCUCUUCCAUCUCCAGCCAAGUUGGAGCUACACUGUCUUCCUCACUAUCUCUGACCAAUGUUUCUACCUAACUACCCAAUUUAUGCCUACCAACAAAAGUCUUCCUUGUAGUACAAAUCAAGUAGUUUGAUAAGAAACCAAAUGUCCAGACAGAUCCAGUCACCCAAAGUUUAGGAUGAAGAUAGAGAUAAUCAGCGCACUUGAAGGUAUAAAGAUGGUAUUAUGUGGUCUUCAGGGAGUUCAGAGAUGUCUAUGGGAUAAAGGAAAUCUCUGGCUGAAGCUCAUAGGACAACAGGACUCCAAGUAGGAGGUUUGAAAUCUGAGUAGAGAGCUCAGUUCACCAGCUCCAACUGAUAGCAUGUCAUCCUCUCUCUCCCCCCACUCCUGGCAUAUCCUUUAACUAUCCCAACACAAAAUUCCAAAUUCUUCUGUUGAAUUCUGACUCUUGCCUUUCAGCCAAAUCUGCUUUUUCUUUCUCUGCCACACCACCUUUUCUGCAUUCUGAUAUUCCUGUCUUUCAAAUGACUGCAUUGGUGUGGCUAAAUACCCUGAAGAUAAUCAAGAAAACAAGUAUUUAGUUAUUUUGUUCCCCCUUAAGGAAAACAACUUCUUAAAUCGCAAGAUAAUGAAUAUGGCGCUGGAAGGAACAUUUGAAAUCAUCUAGGCCACUCCCUCAUUUAGAUAAGGCCAGGAGAGAAUAAAUGGUUUAUUUCACAGGUAAUAAGUGACAGAAAUAUGAUUUGAAUUCAGGGUCUCCUCAUAUCCAUUGCUUUUUUCCAUUGUAUGACAUACUACUUAUCAAAUCAGCAGAUUAAUUAUGAGACAAUUUGAGAGAUAACUUCUGGCUAUUAAAUUAUUCCUUCAGUCAGCAAAUAUUUUUAAAGCUCCUUCUGUGUGAGAGGUCUUGUACUGGGUGCUCUUUGGGACAUCAAAUAAAUCAUAACUAUAGAAUUUAAGAGAAUUAUAAAUUACUAUAGAAGAUUCCUUCCAUCCGUGGUAUAUAUAAUAUGGUUAUAUCUGUUCAUCUUUAAUUGAAUUUAUUGAAAUAACUACUACCAAUAUUGAUCAUUGCUAAAAUAACCGUGGGAACUCUGACACAUAAUUAUUGUUUUAUGAAGUACUCUGAGCAUUAAUGAAAAUUAUUCUUCAAGGGAACCAAUGAUUGGACCUUCAAUUGGUACCAGUUUAAUAGUUGAUAUUUCCUUUGAAGUCAAGAUGAACUUCUUUCAUAGAGGCUUAGAGAGUGUUUUCUCCAAGUCAUGCUUCUUUGAUUCUCAUGAAAUAAGAUUUAUAAAAUAUUUCUCAGGUACUCUACAGCAUGCUUUUCAAACCACAUAGUUUAAGAUUUCUUGAAUGACACAUAAAUAGGAUAAAGAAAUUUACUUCAUUAAUUUAAACUCAUUAGAUUAGCUUUUAAUACAAAAUAGUAGCCUAGCAUAAUACUUAAUCUAACUAUGGGCUAUAAUAGCACCUGUGUUAACUGUUCGUGUUUUUAACACUUGGACUUUUCUACUGUACAUAAUUUGCUGGUAUAGCAGCCAAUGUUUUUUGGUCCUUUUUUAUGAUAACAUUGGAAUCUGCUGUAACCACUUAUUUCUUAGCUCCUUUAAAUAGAGCUUUAAAAAAGAUUUGAUGUGUAUACAUAAUGUGAAUAUCAGUGUAUGGAUGGACUAGUUUAUUAUAUAAAAUAAUUUUUUAUCUUACUAACAAUGCAGGGCAUAAGUAUGCUAUGAGAUGUGAUCCUAUUUUUAAUAUGCAAGUUUAUUUUUCAUUGAUAAUUGACUAAGGAGUCACAGCAGGUACAUUUUUAUAUACUCUCCUUACCUAAAUAUGCAAAUAUUGACAGACAUCACAAGUUCCACUCGUGGACAAUUAUUUUAUCAUGUGAAUUGUUUAGAGAUUUUUUUUAAUGUCUGGGACUUUUGUUUUUAAUUUUUGUUGAUAAAUUUUAUCCAUUAGACCUGAAGACUUUCAGGAUUUAACAUUCCACAGCAAACUGGCUCAUAACAAACCAUCUCAAAUGCCAAGCAAACCCUUUAUCAUGCACUUCCUUGACCAGAUUGGUCCAUUUUACUGAGUAUAUACACUGGUCCUUGUUCCGAUAUAUUUAUAUCUAAAUAGCUCUCUCUAUCUUUAUCUAUCUGUAUAUAGAGAUAUAGAGAUAUCGAUACACUUUUGCAUUGGUGAAUCCACUAUUAAAAUCUCAGUAAGAGUAAUUCAUCAAUUUGAACCAGCACAUUUCUACAUUUUCCUUAGGAUUUGUAAUACUAAAUUGAAAAACAUGAUUUCCUUAGGAUUUGUAAUACUAAAUUGAAAAACAUGAUUUCUAAGAUCUUUCUGGCAACUCUUCAUUAAAAAUAUAUGGUAAAAAAUAUAAGAUAAUACAUACCUUAUUGUAUAUCAAUUAUUUCACCUAAAUGUUAUGAAGUCUAAAAUUAGGGCAUUGUCCUUGCAAUUUUAGGCAUGACUUUGCCUUAAUUGCUUUGGAGAGUUAUUCCUCCUUAAAGUCAAAGGAACCUAAUAGUACUGCUGAUUACUUUAUACUCUAGUUUGCAAGAGAGACCUUGCUAAGGCACAUGAUUUAAAAACAUUAAAGUCUCAUUUUUUCAAUGUUACUUGAAACCCAGACAUUGAUGACUAAUUAUAUUUUUCAGAACUAAAAAUCAAGUAGUCUUUGCAGCUAUAUCUUACUCAAAUCAGAAAUUUUCACCUUGUGUGAUUCAAUUUUAUUUUUUCAAAGUAUAUUAGAUAUUUAAUUCUUGUAUGAAUGAACUGGGAAUCAAGGCUCAUUAAGAAGUGGUCACAUUGGAACAUAUACAUCAUUACACUGCAUGAGAUGUACCAUUGUUGAAUAAGGGGAAGAGAGUCACUUAGAAUUAUGAUAUAUGUUGAGUUUUUUUCUUUCUCUAAGAAGGAAUAGUUGAGAACACUGUUGCUGUAAGUCAAAAGCCACUUCAAAACUUCCAGAAGAUAGAAAACAGGAAAAAUGAGGCCUUCAUAAUAAGUAGGAAUCAUAGAUUUGAUAGAAAGACCUCAACAUUCAACUAGGAAGAAAGAAAUUGAGGAAACUGAGAUAAAUAGCAAUACCUAGAAUUGAACCCAUAUUCAUCAGACUUCAAAUAGAGUACUCUUUACAUUACACUAUCUUUAAAAUUUAAAACACAACAGUUUAAGUCAAAUCCUAUACAUCAGAAUAUGCAAGGUUUAAAUUAAUAAGCAUAUGCAUUAGACCAUACCUUAUGUUGAGUGAACUAUUUAUAUCUCAUGUAAUUUUUCUUUGUAUUUUUGAGUCAGCCAGUAUAAAGAGAUUCCAAAAUUUAAGUGGAAUAAGAUUGUCAUAGAGUAACUACAUUCCAGAAAGCAUAUUACCUUUCAGUUUUACUACCACUAAAAUAAGUGACAUAGCACUGAUAAUAUGAAAUAUUCCUAUUUUUGAGUAUUUUUAUGAGGAAAUGUUAUAUUAUACAUGUCUAGGAAAAUGCAAAAAGAAAAAAUAAACACAGACCCUGGAGUAUGAAACUGAAAGAUUAAGAAUGUUUUCCAAUAUAUUUUAUUUGUUAUGUAAUUACUGAGCAAAUAGAAUUUUGUUCUUUAUUUAUGCCUGCCUUUGCUAAAUAAAAGAGAUAUCUUCAUUAAA